GAAGGCGCGCACAUCUGCACUUCACAACGAGGCGUGGUUUAGAACGGACAGGUGGGCUUCUGCUGUAAUACUGCCGUGAACAUUAUUUCAACUAGGAUACUUAUUUCACUCCCGGAGACCAACACUUUACCCUGCAAACAUGCCCAAGUGCCCAAAAUGCACGAAGGAAGUUUACUUCGCGGAGAGAGUGACAUCACUGGGGAAGGACUGGCACAGGCCCUGUCUGAAUGUGGAGAAGUGCAGCAAGACGCUGUCGGCCGGAUCCACCGCAGAGCACGACGGCAAGCCCUAUUGUAACAAUCCCUGCUACUCUGCACUAUUCGGGCCUAAAGGUUUUGGACGUGGAGGAGCUGAAAGCCACACAUUCACAAAGUAGAGCCACUCAGGUUCACCCACCACACCAAGAAGAAGGCAACUCUGCAUUCUACAACGUCCUCCAUACCAUACUAAACCAAAACAAACAACCAAAGAAGUUCCUUUUCGGAACCACCAUUUUGUGUUAUUUUCUGUCUGUGUUGUCUAGAGGAUUCGGCCUUAAUACAUCGCAGAGAUGUUCUCUAGUCCCACUAGUGGAUCGGAGGGUUAUACAAUAACCUCUCUGUUCCUUUACUUGUUUUUAAAUUCUGAUUAAACACUCUUUUUCAAAAUG